AUGCUCAUGACGGAGUGCGAAUCGGAGGGCACCGCAGCUAUUGGGAGCGGCAACGUCCUCCGGUGGGCUGAGAGCGAGACAUUGACGGAUUACCUGGGCCGAAUCUAUCCCCAGUCAACAUCGAUGGACGUUCCUAAAGACCUCAUCGACUUGAAAAACCUCAGAUGUUACAUUCUAGCUAGGGACGCUGGUAUUAAGAUCCAACAAACAGAAAAGCUUUCUGAUCACCUGUACCUCAGACACAGCCCAGGGAAUAAGAUCCUCCUUGUUUUCUCUCACCGAGCAUUCCUCGAACAUAGCCGGGAGAGAUUGAGCGUAAUCCGCGAGGAUCUGAGCCACUCUCUAGAUGAGGCAUUAUCAUUAGGGUGCCUACCUGCAAAGCUCAUCGAUGAGACAUUGAGAAUUUACAACCUCCUCUUCCCGCCCAUCGGAAACGCCAAAUCUAGGAAGCUCUUACGGGAAUGGGUUAAGCGUGAAAGACUAGACGAAAGCCUCUUGAACCCCUCCUUCGACCAUUCCAAGAAAGACCCUCCCCGGACUUUACACGAUCUCUACGAGGAUUUCCCAUACUGGGCCCCCCAAUUGGCCCGUCUACUGGAAGAAGUCGAUGAUCCGACCCCGACGACACGGUGGGAGAGAUACGCAGAGCGGAGAAAGUCCCACCGGCACACAUACAAGUGCGCCAUCGCCGCGCUUGUAGUGGCUGCCGUAUCGGGGACGCUGGCGACAUUGUUGGCGGCAGUUCAAGUAUGGAUAUCGUACUGUGAUUGGGACAAGAACACCAACAAGACACUGUGUUAA